AUGGCGUCAUCGCACUUCAACCGCGGACCAAACAUUCCCGUCUCCAAGCAGAUAUUCCCGGGCAAGGAGCAUGAAAUCCCAAGCCUGAGAGAAGGGCACCUACCCACAGCCACUGGAGAAAGGACUCCGUAUCGCGCAGCAAACAAGCUGCUGGGCAAGCGGGCCAUCAUCACCGGAGAAGACAGCGGUAUUGGCGCAGCCGCCGCACUCUUAUUCGCCAAAGAAGGCGCAACCUCGACCAUCGCAUACCUCCCGGAAGAAGAGGAAGAUGCGCAACAGACGAAGAGAGAGAUUGAGGAGCUGGGGCAAGCGUGCCAUCUAAUCCCUAUCGACCUUGUCAAGAGGGAAAAUUGGGUGGUUGAUUUCGCGGUCGAGAAGAUGGGCGGUGUUGACAUUCUCUUCAACAACGCGGCGUAUCAGAUGAUGGUCGAGGACAUUGCCGACCUGGAAGAGGACCAGUGGGUGCACACCUUCAACAUAAACAUGCACUCGUACUUUUACAUGGCCAAGUAUUCUCUCCGUCACAUGAAAGAGGGCGCUGUCAUGAUCAACAAUGCGUCUAUCAAUGCGUACAUUGGUCGACCCGAGCUCCUCGAAUACACGUCCUCCAAGGGUGCGAUAGUGUCUUUUACCAGAGGGCUAAGCAACCAGUGCAUCUCGAAAGGGAUUCGGGUAAACGCAGUGGCGCCAGGACCAGUUUGGACUCCUCUGAUCCCUGCCACCAUGAGCGAAAAGGCCCAGAACGAAUUUACGAGCCCAAUGGGUCGGCCCGCGGAGCCGUCGGAGAUUGCGACCUGUGUGGUUUUCCUGGCAUCGUUGGACAGCUCCUGCGUCAGCGGGCAAACGAUCCAUUGCAAUGGUGGCGAGGUGGUAAAUGGGUAG